AUGACCCAAAUUACGUCUCUUCGAACCGUUGACACUCGCAUGCACCCUUUAUUCUUCAGCUCCUUCGACGUCAAGGACUGUUGGGACGAGAUGGGCCCGGUCGUCACCACGAACCUCCGUCUAACCAUUCAACAAUGUACCAAACCGGACACUCAGGAACGUCGCAAGGCUUUGUACAUGCAUGAAAAUCCGCACGGGAAUCUCUUCACGCUCACUUUAGGACUUUGUGAAGCUGAGCGUGUCGGCUCCAUCGUCCGCAUCCUUCAGUUUUUGUGUAUCAUCGAUGAUGUUCUAGAAGUCCUUCCUCAUGGGGAUGCUUUGGUGGAGCAUGAUAUCCUCUGCGACGGUCUUCGCGGGUUUUCGAACGCCUGUACACCAAAUACCCGCCCCGAGUGGAUCAAGUUCCUCCAGGACGUCAAGGCUGAGGUGAUCGCGGUAGAUCCCAUCCGCGGUCCAGCUCUAUUCUUGACGUUUGAGGAGAGCCUUCGCAUUCGUGAUAGUAGCGACGUCGAAUUCGAAGCUAUUAAACAGUACUUGCCCUACCGACUCAUCAAUUUUGACUACGAAUUGGUGGCUAAUCUCAUCCUUUGGGCGAUGGACGUCGACCUUUCUCCCGAAGAGGCCGAUUCGGAACUGCUCCAUGAUUUCAAGUACUCAAUCGGAGUCAUCGUGGGGCUGAUCAAUGACUAUUACUCUUGGGAGAGAGAGAAACGUCAACAACAGGAUUCGGACCGUAUCAGGAACGGUGUGGCUGUUCUCAUGAAACAGCACAACCUUUCAGAUCAAGACGCGAAAGCCGCUGUCAAAAAAAUGAUUAUUGAAGAAGAACUGAAAAUUCAUACGAUGCUGGAAAAUCCCCAGUUGGAAAUUUCGACUGCUUUGAAGCGAUUUCUCGACGGAUUGAGGAUGUUCGCUGGCGGGUAUAGUUUCUGGUGUGCAACGUGCCCGAGAUACCAAAAGCCCGAGGGUGACUCUGAUUAA